GGCAAGGCCGUUGUCUGCUCCGAUGUCCCCUCCGACAACAGCGAUCGCGUCGUGUUCUUCAAAGAUGUGACGUUUGGACCACAAGAAGACGAGUUAAGAUUUCGUCUGAUCCAUUUUUGGGAGGCAAAACACGCAUUCUCGAAGAUACUUAUGGGUCUAGAGAUGCUUCUGGUCGACGCAGAGGGCACUGUGAUUCAGGGAUUCAUCCCACCAUCAAGGAUGGACACUUAUCUACGACACAUGAAGCCCGGUUCCACCUACAGACUUACCAAUUUUUUUGGUUCUAAGACCAAGAAGGUGUACCGGGUUGCUGAUCCAGACGUGACCAUUGCGUUCUCAUGGAAGUCUGUCCUCUCCGAUCUCACAGACACUUCGACUUGGUUUCCUGAAGACCGUUUUCGUUUCCAUGGUUAUGAACAGUUCGAAGCGGCCUGUGACCUCAAAGGGGAUCUGUAUGGUAAGAUCUCUUAUAUUUUAUGAUCUGUGCUCAGUCUAUCUGUUUAUGUUGAUCAGAUAUCUCUUGAUUGUUUAUUAAGUUAUGUUUUUAUCGCAGAUUUUAUUGGUCAUAUCAAAUUGGUGAAUGAGCAGGCUCUUAACGAGAGUUUUGUGCUUGAUGAAGUUGAGAUAGCUUCUGAUCGGCGAAUUUUGGUUCAUGUUCAGACACAUGAGUGAGGCAUCUAAGUUUUAUGCUCUAGACAUAUACUUCUUUGUUUAAUAAAUGUGUUCUCUUCGAUGCAGUGGUCCUGUGAUGAAGCUCUACAUAUGGGACAAGGUAGCAACAGCCUUUUGCGAGAAGUUUAUAUCGCUUGGAAAACCUCCGAGUGUUAUCAUGGUGACAACUGUGAAUCCUAAGCGAUUAGGAGGUUCGUAUUAUCUAACGAUUGUUGUGGUACAUAGAUGUUAGUAAGUUGCGUGGGAAUCACAGUAGUAUUAGGUGUUGAGAAGGGCUGUUUUAUGGCUAGAUUGUUUGAUUAAUUUGUUAUUUUUUGGGUAUGGAAAUUGGUUAUGCUACAGGUGCUUUGUCUCUGUCAUCCCUAUCAUCUUCACGGGUUUUUUUUGAUACGGAUGUUCAUCAAACCAGGGAGUAUCUGGCUUGGUAUGUAUUCAUCUUUAUAUUUGCACCGUUUACGUUAAUCUACCGACUGUGUUGCUUAUUUUAUUUUUUGAACAUUUCUAGGCUUGAAUCAAACUCGGAAGUUGCUAAUAGAGUUAAUGCUGAGAUUGUCACCAAGGCUGAGACAGCUACAAUAGGUGAGCUACUCACUUACAUGAAGCAGGAAGGAGCGAAGGUUGCUUGGUUCGAGUGUACGGCCACCAUUGAUGAUGUUGUGCGUGGCUCAGCUUGGUACUACAUUGCUUGUGGUGGAUGCAAGACUAAAGCUACUAAAGGACCUACCACGCUUAUGUGUAGGAAGUGUGGAAAGACUGAGAUUACUGGUGCUGCAGAGUAUCUCAGCAAGCUAUCUGUCUAUGACAACAAUGAUCAUGCGAGCUUUGUACUUCUCGGUGACGCUGGGUUUGAGUUAACUGGGAAGAAAGCAUCUGUAUUGGUUGAGAGUUACUAUGAGGCUAAUGAGGGAUCAGGAGAUGAUCAUGUAGUCCCGGUGCCUCAAGUCCUUAUUGACACCAUCGGACAGAAACGCACGUUCGUUAUCAAGAUAUCAAAGCACAACUUGGAAGGCAAGACUCAAGCUUUGACUGUCACCAAGGUACUCCCUCUCGAGGUUCCAGCACUUGGAUACGAUUUAGCCGCCGACGUGGUUGUCUCUCCUACUGCAGAUGAGGGGGUGAAAAGAGGUGCUGAUAUGAUUGUGUCAGAUGAUGCUAAGCGUGCAAAAAGUGGCUGAUAUGUUUUGUGUACUUGGGUUGUGUUUGAAGAACGACUAUCUAUUUGUUCUUUUGCUUCUGGUUUUGUUUUUUCUUUGUUGAAAUAUUAUGAUUUGGUUUGUUUGCUUCAGUUUUUGUGUUGACAUUAUUUAUAUAUCGUAUUUUCUAUUUGGAUAAUUUUUGCUUCGUUGGUUCAUUUGUUUAUGUUGAGGUUUGACCUUUUUUAAGUUGCUAAAAUUUAUACAGUAUUUUUAUUUUUAGUAAUAAUUAUGUUGUUUAUUUUAAAAUAGUAAGGGACAAAUAAAAACUUGAAAAAAUUAUUUUACUUUUAUAUAUUUCUUCCAUAUAUAUUUAUAAAAUUAUCUCUUAUUUGUAUGUAAUAAAAAUUAGGGAACUGAGAUAAUUGAAUCUUUAUACAUGAUUUAUAGUAAACUUUAGAGUAGACUUUCUCUAUUAUAACAUAUAUGAUUUAAAAAAUAAGAAAGGUACAAAUUCUCUUAUUUAAUUAUUUGAUAUUAAAACUACGUAAGUAAUCAUCAUUACACUAUGAUUAUUUGCCGAACACAAAAAAUAUUGGUGCCAGGGGUCGAACCAUGAAUAAUGAGCAUAUACAAAGGAUGCUCUACCACCGGGCUAAAUACACACUUCGGGAAUCUGAUCAAGACAAAAAAACAUUUACUUUACAGUUUUUUGGCAGGAACUCAAUUUAUUAAUUAGUGAUACUCUUUUUAAAAUAAGUUUCAUUAAAUAACGGAAAACAAUAUGUUCCUUUAGAAAAUAUUUAUAUAUGUUUAAUUAUAUAUAUAUAUAUAUAUAUAAUUGAAAGGACAUAGAGUACGUGUUAAUAGAGUCACCAGAUCAUUCUUGCGUCAUUAAUCAUGCGAAGGGAAAGGCAUCGGUUACUUAUCUUUUGUGUUUUUAUAUUUAUUGACGUGCUCCCCAAGAAAAAUUAGUCACAUAAUUGGCUAAAACCAAGUGCUUAAUUUUCUGGAUAUUUACUAAGGUUUAGGAAAUUUCUUAAUACAUAUUAAAUAUAAUGAUUUUUGUAUAAACCCGGGCGUAGCCCGGGCAAAACCUCUAGUUAUGUUAACAAUUGUAAUAUAUAGUAUUAUUGGAGUACUGAAUUUGUUUAUUUGUCAUUUUUUCAUUAUUUUAAUUUUUU